UUUAUUUCGAUUGUUUUGUGUUAAGGUCUGUAUACGAUCCAAUGGUCUUUUUGAUGAAUGACCCAUUGUUGGUUUCUUUCAGAUUAACGGAUAAACAGACGCUGAGUUCUCUUCCAUUUGAAGUAAAGUUUUGUUUUUUCGGAUAAAAAGACUGUUCCUUUGUUCUUAUUGUUGAAUCAGUUUCUUUUCUUACUGCAAUCCUAGGAAUUUGGGGGUUUUCGCUUUUUGUUCAUUGGAGUGUUUCUGGUGAUUUGGGUAUAUAUAUAGUUAAAUUUUUGGGAACUGGUAAUCUUGCCCCCUUUUUUUCUCGUUUGGUGGGUGAGAAAGCAUAGGAAAAUGAAAGGAAAAUCUGGGAUUCCUGGGAAUUUCUUCGUUUUGAACACUGGAGCUAAAAUCCCUGCCAUUGGUCUUGGAACAUGGCAGAGCGAAGGAGACCUUUGUGUCGACGCCGUAAAAAAAGCAUUGUCGGUCGGCUACCGACACAUAGAUUGUGCGCAUCUUUACGGAAAUGAGAUCGAAGUUGGCGAAGCAUUGAACGAAGCUUUCAAAGGUUCCUUGAAAAGAGAGGAUGUUUUCUUAACCUCAAAGCUUUACUGUACCAUGAAUUCUCUGAAUAAGAUUGAGAAUUAUGUUAGGGUGUCUCUUAAGAAUCUCGGGGUCUCUUAUUUGGAUCUUUAUUUGAUGCAUUGGCCUGAGAGCUCCGGUUUCGGCGACGCGACUGAUCCGCCAUUGAAGUCUGGGAGUGAGCAUAGGCAGUUUUUGAAUCGGCUUAAGAAGGUGUGGAAGGCCAUGGAAGGCUUAGUUGAUUCGGGUUUGGUUCGAGCUAUCGGUGUUAGCAAUUUCGGUGUUAAUCAGAUCAAAGAACUGCUUAAAUUCGCCAAAAUCGUACCUGCAGUUAAUCAGGUGGAGUUGCAUCCUUUUUGGAGGCAAGAUGAACUGGUGAGGUUCUGCCAGUUGAAGGGUAUCCAUGUAUCAGCUCACACACCUCUUGGAGUACCUGCUUCAAGCCCCGGAGUGUCUGAUAGUGGGUCAGGUGGGGAAGAUGAACCCGGAACUCCUCGGAUUUCAUUCCGGAGGUCUAGAUCAGUACAUGGACCGAUGCUGAAAUUGUCGGUUGUUGGAGAGAUAGCAGAUAGGCACAAAAAGACACCUGAGCAGGUAAUUCUACGGUGGGGGUUUCAAAGAGGAACCAGUGUUCUACCAUGUAGCCUAAAACCUGACAGGAUAAAGCAAAAUAUUGACAUAUUCAACUGGUCUCUGUCGGACGACGAGUGGAACCGCAUGAAUCGGAUUGAACCGCAGGUAUGUUUAUUCGGAGAUGGUCCUCUGAACAAGCUCUCCGAUAGAGGACUUAUGUUCGGUAGCAGUCCUCUUCAAGCUGUCCACGAAAUGGAAGACGACGCCGAAUCCAACGCCUAAUAUGUUGCUACCAUGUCGAUGCGGUUGCACCGAUAUAAUAUUUACUGUUGUGUUUGGCGACGAUGAUGAAUAGAAAAUUAAAAGAAAAAGACAUUGUUAUUGAUCCGUAGUGGUAGGGUUUACUUUUAUAUGAACAAAUUAUGUUACAUGUAAUUUCUGCAAAUGUGUUUUGCUUGUAAAAUCAUCAAUUACCAAUGGAAAUUUUCAAGACGAUAAUUGUUAAAAAUAAGCUUGGUUUAAACGAUGGCUUCUGU